AUGCUCUGCACCUCCAUUUUACUGACAAAAUCAUCGUCCGCCGCAACUCCGAAAUCAACAACCAAAUCAUCAUGUCGUGUCUACCCCAACGCUGUGCCCGGCAGCUCCUCCGUGAGCCCUUCCAGCGCGGCUCAUUACCUCUAUUCCUCACCCCCGCGUUCUCCCCCCUCGCGCGCCCAAUUCUCGACCACCUCCCCGACGCAAUCCCGUAUCGGAGGUUCUGCCAUCUCCGUUCCUCCCGAGGUCUCAUUGACCCUUAUUGACCUGCCCAAGUCCCUGACCCAGGGCCGCGGAAAGGAUGUUCCUAAGUUUGCUGCGCAGAUCAAGGGGCCCAAGGGCGAGAUGACCCUUAACCUUCCUUCUUUCUUGACUGUGAACCAUGAUGCUACUACCCAGAAGGCCACACUUUCUGUUAUGGAUCCGGAGGUGCCUCAGCAGCGUGCUAUGUGGGGUACUGCUCGCGCUCUGCUCCAAAAUCACAUCACCGGUGUCUCAGAAGGCCACAUCUGUAUUCUGUCUAUGGUCGGUGUCGGUUACCGUGCCACCAUCGAAAACACCGCAACCACCGUCUCCGCGACCUACCCCGGCCAGAAGUUCGUUUCUCUCAAGGUUGGAUUCUCUCAUCCCAUUGAGCUGGGUAUCCCCGAGGGUGUCCAGGCCAGCACACCGCAACCGACCCGUAUCCUGCUCGAGAGUGUCGACAAGCGCAAGGUGACGCAGUUCGCGGCAGAGAUCCGGGAGUGGAGACGACCGGAGCCGUACAAGGGCAAGGGUAUCUUUGUCAACGGCGAGACGAUUAAGCUUAAGGCUAAGAAGAUCAAAUAA